AGAUCCAUGAAGCCAGUGACCUCUGACCCCAGCAUCACAAGGAGGAAGAGACAGAGAUCUCCAGAACCCAGCAGUGUGUCUGUGAAGAGUAACAGGUCCAUGAAAAAAAACCCUGUAUUCAGUGAUUCAGCAAUGACCUCUGACUCUCUGGGCAAAAUGCAUGACACAGAUGCAAUCAGCUCAUCUUCUACAUCCCACUCUCAGACCCACAUCAGAGAUGAAAGAGAGAAAGAUAAAGAACUGGAGAUUGGGGAUUUGGAGUUGGUGAGGGUCAAGCACAAAACCAGCAUGAAGAACAAGUAUGAGAGAUUGUUUGAGGGAAACAAAUUCCAAGAGAAUGAAAGUCUCCUGAACAGGAUCUACACACAGCUCUACAUCAUAGAGGGAGAGAGUGAAGGAGUGAAUGAAGAACAUGAGUUUCUACAGAUGGAGAAAACAGCCAGAACACAACACUCACAAGACACUCCAAUCUACUGCAAUGACAUCUUUAAAGCCUCAUCUGAACCAGGAUGUGAGGAGAAAGAGCAGAUCAAGACUGUUCUUACUAAAGGCAUCGCUGGAAUCGGAAAAACCGUCUCUGUGCAGAAGUUCGUUCUGGACUGGGCCGAGGGAAAAGCCAAUCAGGAUGUAGAUUUCAUGUUUGUGCUUCCAUUUCGAGAGCUGAACUUGAUCCGAGAUCAUCAGUACAGUCUUCACAGACUUCUGCUGGACUUUCAUCCUGAUCUUCAAGAUCUGGACUCACAGAUUUAUGAGGAGUGUAAAGUUGUGUUCAUCUUUGAUGGUCUGGAUGAAAGCAGAAUCACACUGAUGUUUUCAGAUGAUCAGAAAGUUUGUGAUGUGACGGAGACUUCAUCAGUGGCUGUGUUGAUGUCAAACCUCAUGAAAGGAGAGCUGCUUCCCUCUGCUUGCAUCUGGAUCACCUCCAGACCAGCAGCAGCCAAUCAGAUCCCCUCCAAAUACAUCAACCGUUUGACAGAAAUUCAGGGAUUCACUGAGCCUCAGAAGGAGGAAUAUUUCAGGAAGAGAAUCAGUGACCAGCUUCAAGCCAGCAGAAUCAUCUCACACAUCAUAUGAGCAAGAAGCCUCCACAUCAUGUGUCACAUCCCCGUCUUCUGCUGGAUCUCAUCCACUGUGCUUCAGAAGCUCCUGGAAGAAGAUCUGAGUGCAGAAAUCCCUCAAACUCUGACUGAAAUGUACAUCCACUUCCUGCUGAUUCAGAUCAACAUGAGGAAGCAGAAGUAUGAAGAGAGAGAUCCAGAGAAAAUCCUGCAGUCCAACAGAGAAGUGAUUGUGAAACUUGCUGAAGUGGCUUUCAAACAGCUGAUGAAGGGCAAUGUGAUGUUCUAUGAGGAGGACCUGAUUGAGAGCAGCAUAGACAUCACUGUUGCUUCAGUGUAUUCUGGGAUUUGCACUGAGAUCUUUAAGGAGGAAUCUGUGAUUCAUCAGAGGAAAGUCUACAGCUUCAUUCAUCUGAGCGUUCAGGAGUUUCUUGCUGCUUUCUAUGUGUUUUACUGCCAUGCAACCAGCAAUACAGAAGCAUUAUUAGAUUCACUGCAUAAUUUACAUAAAAGAGCAGUAGAUAAAGCCCUUGAAAAUGAGAAUGGACAGCUGGAUCUGUUCCUGCGGUUCCUGCUGGGCAUCUCACUGGAGUCCAAUCAGAGCAAUACAGAAGAUCUACUCACACACACAGAGAACAGCUCAGAGAGCAUCAGGAGAACCACAAAGUACAUUAAAGAGAAGAUCAAAUAUGGACAUGGACUCUCCACUGAAAGAUCCAUCAAUCUGUACCUCUGUCUGCUGGAAGUGAAAGAUCAGACUCUGUCCAGAGAGAUUCAGUUGUUUGUGAAAUCAGACAAACACUCAGAGAAGAAACUCUCUCCUGCUCACUGCUCAACAAUCUUCUACAUUCUUCAGAUGUUAGAAGAGCCGCUGGAUGAGCUGGACCUCAAGAAAUACAACACAUCAGAUGAGGUCAGAAGAAGACUGAUACCAGCUGUGAUCAACUGCAGAAAAGCCCUUAUUGCUGGCUGUAACGUGACUUCUCAGGAUUGUGAAAUUGUAUCAUCAGCUCUGCAAUCCUCAGACUCUGUCCUGAGAGAGCUGGAUCUGAGUAACAAUGACCUGCAGGACUCAGGAGUGAAGCUGCUCUCUGAUGGACUGAAGAGUCCAAACUGUCAGCUGCAGAUACUGAGGUUGUCAGGCUGUAUGGUGACAGAGGAAGGCUGUGAUUUGUCUUCAGCUCUGAGUUCAAAUCCCUCACACCUGAGAGAGCUGGAUCUGAGCUACAAUCACCCAGGACCAUCAGGAGUCCACCUGCUCAAACACAAACUGGAGGAUACAAACUGCUCACUGAAGAUACUCAAUUUUGACCAUGGAUACCCUUUGAGAAUCAUACCAGGACUGAGAAAAUAUGCCUGUCAUCUCACACUGGAUCCAAGCACAGCACACACUCAACUCAUCCUGUCUGAAGACUACACAAAAACAACAUAUGUGAAAGGUCAUCAACCGUAUCCUGAUCAUCCAGACAGAUUUGAUGAUCGGGAGCAGAUCCUGUGUAAAGAGAGACUGACUGGGCGCUGUUACUGGGAGGUUAAAUGGGAAGGCUCAGGUAAUGUAGCGAUUACAUAUAAAGAAAUCAGCAGGAAAGGUGGGAUUGACUGUUCGUUUGGAUUCAAUGAAAAGUCCUGGAGUAUGUAUUGUUCUGAUAUGAAUUAUACUGUCUGGUACAAUAAAAACGGCACUGAUGUAUUUGGCCCUUCAGCUCGCUCUAAUAGAGUAGGAGUGUAUGUAGAUGUGUCGGCUGGCAUUCUGUCCUUCUACAGUGUCUCUGACACAGACACACUCACACACAUAUACACAUUCAACACCACAUUCACUGAACCCCUCUAUGCUGGAUUUGGGGUUUAUCCUGAAUCUUCAGUGUCUUUGUGUCAGAUUUAACAACUCCUUGUGAAGAACCACAGACACAUACAGAAGUCCAUUUCCACAUCAGAGAAAAACAAUUAAAAGGUAUUUGCAAUUGUAUAUCUUGCAUUGUCAACUUUCUCUCUCACAAUUAUGACAUCAAUAGUCACAAUUGCAAGACAUAAAGCUGCAAAUGUAAGCUGUAGUCACAUUGUAAUGUAUGAAGUUGUGUUGUGAGAUGAAGUCAGAUUGCAAUAUAAAGUUUCAGUUAUGACAGUACAGUACAGUACAGAAAAAAAUGUCAAAUUAUGAGUUACAAGGUCACAACUGCAUGAAAAUGAAUGAAUAAAAUGAUAUAUGUACAGUACACAUGGAUAUUAAUAGUCAUCAGUUAAAUAUAGAGCACUAGGCUGUGAGUUUGAAGUUGUUGGAAUUUCUGGGUUGUGUUUUACUAAAAACUGUGAGAAAAAAAAAAGUUGUGUUCAGUGCAUUAGGUUCCCCUUCAUCAAGCUCUAGAGGACAACUUCCAUAAGUGCAACUAAAAGAAAAACUGUGAAGAUUCACAAUUGUAUCACAGACUCACACUUUUUGUUUGACAGGAGAGACAAUGUUAAUAAAGUGUCAUAUGAGGAAAUAGAGCUGUUUAUUUAUAACAAAUAAAAUUUGAAAACUUUUUAA